AUGCAGGGGAACGGCGAGUUCGAUUUUUGGGAAUUAUUCCCCUAUUCUUUGCAAACUUUGGCAGAGUGGGCGGAUGUCUAUCAAGAUCGCGAGCGCAAAGACAAAUCAAGAGACCGCAUUCUUAUCUAUAAAAAUCUAUCAGAUGCUAAGCCGGGCACAGUCUAUCCAGUCGCUAUCCGUUUGCAAGGUUUCCUACGACAAUUUCGUGUUGAUAGAUUUGGAAAUUGGUCUGGUAAAGAACCUAUACUUUCAGAAGCACAAGAUCCAGCGAGAAAAUACUUGCCCGUGCAGGAACAUUGGAAUGUGAUGGAUCCGUUGACGACAGCCGAGUUAACAGAAGCUGGAAAAAUAUUGCCUAUUGAUUCCAUCAUCUUGACUGAGGGUGAUUUUGUCGAUGUCGGAGCGGAGUUGGAUUUUGUGGUGAGCAGAGAGCGGAACAAAGAAACCACGCUCAAGUGUUUUCUAACAUGCACGCACGUUGUGCGGCUGAUUGCGGCACACAAUAUCGAACAUUUGGAUCUUGUGAGAACGCAGUGUAUUCAAUGUGAUUCAAUGCUAAUCAUCUACACAAGGAAAACAAGAAGCCUGAUCGAAAACAUGCUACAACCCCCCCUGUACAGGAAAGAGCGGUCAAGAAAACUCAUACGACCCUCAUUUUCGACCGCAAAUAAUUUACACAUUUAA